AUGGUUUCUCCUGGUCAUCGACUGUAUCUCGUGAACUCCCCUUCAGCAAAGAUCCAUUUGGUGUCUUCCUGGAGACGAAAGAAGAAUAUCUCGACUCCUGCUGCAAAGAUCGAACAAUCUCAGAGCAUACGCUCCGAGGAAGACUUGGUUUCGAGCGUCAUCCUCCAUUGCUACCGAGUGCCAUCUCCCCUCGAGCCCAGGAUAACCCCAAAUCGUGAAGACUUCGUCGGGAAAACGGGCGGGCAGGUCUUUAACGAGAUGAUGAUUCGCCAUAAAGUGCGUCAUAUUUUUGGCUAUCUCGGUGGCGCUAUCCUCCCUGUUUUUGAUGCGAUAUACAACUCCAAGGAAUUCGGAUUUGUCCUACCCCGUCAUGAACAGGGAGCGGGUCAUAUGGCACAAGGAUAUGCUCGGGCUACAGGAGAGCCUGGAGUUGUGGUGGUGACAUCUGGGCCCGGGGCAACCAACCUAAUCACACCAAUGAUGGACGCCUUGGCUGAUGGGACGCCGAUGGUCGUGUUCUGUGGCCAGGUCAGCACUCAGGCUAUCGGUAUGGAUGCUUUUCAGGAGGCAAAUGUGCUAGCGAUGUCUCAGCCCUGCACCAAAUGGAACACUACCGUGCAUGACACAUCGGAGUUGCCCAAGAGGAUCGACGAGGCCUUCGAAAUCCCGAUGAGCGGUCGACCAGGGCCAGUUCUGGUGGAGUUGCCUAUAGACGUGACAGCGGCCCUGCACAUUUGGCAAUGGGUCAAUUCAGACGAGACAGACCCCAAAGCUUUGCACAUGCUUGGCCUACAUAGAUCUGGUUUCGCAAGUAUGGCCAUACAACAUGCCGAUCUAGUAAUUGCCUUGGGUGCAAGAUUUGAUGACCGCGUGACUGGCAGCAUUCCAAAGUUUGCACCAGAGGCUAGAUUAGCCGCCAGUCAGGGUCGAGGUGGUAUCAUACACUUCGACAUCUCACCGAAGAAUAUAAACAAGGUGGUGGAAGCGACCGUGCCUGUCAUCGGCGAUUGUGCGGAGAGCCUUGAGUUCCUUCUGCCGCAAAUUACCAAAACGCAACGACCAGAAUGGAUGGCUCAGAUAACCGCCUGGAAAGAACAAUAUCCAUUCCAGGCAUUCAACCGCAGCGGUAGAGAUGAUAUGAUUCUUCCUCAAAACGUUAUCGAGCGCUUGAGCGAUGCGGUGGACCCAAUCAAAGACCGUACGAUCAUCACCACCGGCGUCGGCCAGUAUCGAAUGUGGACUGCUCAGCAUUUCCGCUGGAGACAUCCUCGCACCUUGGCUACAUCAGGCGGCCUAGGCACAAUGGGCUAUGGCCUUCCCGCGGCGAUUGGAGCGAAAGUUGCACGCCCCGACGCUCUUGUGAUCGACAUUGAUGGAGACGCAUCUUUCAAUAUGACUUUGAGCGAGCUUGGUACAGCAAGUCAGUUCAACAUCGAUGUCAAAGUGGUUCUGCUCAAUAAUGAAGAACAAGCAAUGGUCACCCAUCUCCAAACUGUCUACUAUGACAAUCGCUUCUGCCACAGCCAUAAUCUAAACCCCGAUUUUGUUGAAGCCGCCCGAGCGAUGGGGGUUCAGGCUGAAAGUUGCUCCGGCGUCCCGGAUACUGACAUGAAGCUCAAGUGGCUCUUGGAAUCCAAGGGACCCGCCCUUCUGGAGGUGAAGGUGGCUCCUAAAGCCCUGUCCCUGCCCAUGGUUCCAUCUGGGCGUGGUCUUCAUGAGUUCCAAUUCUAUUCUGAUUGA